AUGGUGAGCGAUGAGUUUCUCGGUGUAACAACGAUCGCCGAGCACGAUGACCCUCAGUUCGAUAUGUAUUUCGUUCAUGGUCUCGGAGGGCAUGCUUUUAAGUCUUGGAGCACGGACAAAGGUGCACCUCACAUGUGGCCCAGAGACUUCCUUCCCAACGACAUCAAAGCUAGGCCCCUGGAUCCCAUGAAUUGGCACGGCCCGAAGUUAGCUGGUCGCUUGGCAACCGUGGGAUAUCGUGCAAGCGCUAUGUGUGCCUCCGCUGCCACUGCGACGAUCGACAAGAUAUCGCAGAAUUUCCUCAACCAUCUUAGGGCUGACCGUACUGAGGGAUCAAAGCGUCCAAUGUACUUCGCUUGCCAUAGCCUUGGAGGCUUGGUCGAAGGCUCCAGGCUAGCCAGAUAUGCUUCCCGCAUUGUCAAGUUCCUCCGGGGCAAUGACACUCUGAUAGAUAGCUUGAGUAUCGAAUCCGAGGACCUAAACACCAUUGUUGCCAGGUUUGAUCAGAUGCGAAACCACCCAAGGACAAGGAUUCCGAUUGUGAUCGCAUAUGAGAUGCAGCCAAUGUUUGGAAUGAGAUUCGUAACGGACCCCGACUCAGCCAUGAGCUCAUUUGACUGCCAGACCAUCGGCAUUGAAGGCGAUCACCGUACCAUGAUCAAGAUGGAGAACAACCAAGACCAAAGUUACCGUGACGUUGCUGAAUUCAUAAUUCGAAUGAUCCAACAGACACUCUCUGGAUCCAGCAUUAUCCCAUCCUCUUCUGCGGCGAAGCUUGGGAGAAAAGUCUUUCAGGAACUGCCUUUCAGACAGAACCUAGCGAGAGACGAAAGCCCCCCUCCAUAUAAAGGCCAAGGUUCAUGCCGGCCUUCCACAGCAAGUUCGGCCAGCGACGGAACAUCGGCCUCUGACCCUUCUCCUCACUCCCAACCAGUUGGUUUGGGUAUCAGCAACCCAAAAUCCGAAGAAAGCAACACUCCCAGCAUAUCCCGCUCCAACAUCGUCCCCGUCAGGCUCGACGACCUUAUGAUGCCUCCCAAUCGUAUAAAUGGUGGAAAGGAAGAUAACCGAGAUUUCGCCCUGCUCUCAAAAUUCGACGUCGUCUUCCUUCUCGACGACACGGGAUCGAUGAUGGAAGCCAUCGAGCCGGCCCCCUCAAUUAAUGGCAACUGCGAGGCAAAGGAACGUUCGAAAUGGGAUGAAAUGAUCGAAUCUCUGCGCUACAUCGUCGAUAUUGUAACACACUAUGACCGUGACGGUGUAGAUGUGCAUUUCUUAUACCGGGACGAUAAGGACGAGUUCAGAAUCCAAAAUGGACAACGGGUUCUAGAUCUCUUGACCAACGAAGUCAGUCCAGACGAGAUUGGUGGCGGAACCUUCAUUGCCGAGCGACUUUGGACAAUCCUGACGGCCUAUAUCGACCGAUUCGAAAACUAUCGGCUACGGAUGGCAGAGCGGGCACCUUGUCCCGAGAAGCCAAAAAUGUUGAACCUUAUUGUGAUUACAGACGGAGCGGCGGAUGACAAGGAUGCGGUAGAGGAUGUAAUCGUCAAUGCAGCGAGGAGGCUGGAUGAACUGAGGGCGCUUCCGAACCAGGUAGGAAUUCAGUUCCUGCAAAUCGGCAGAAACGAAGCGGCUUCGAGAUGGUUGAAGACAUUGGAUGAUGACCUGAACGAGAAGCAUAGAGUUCGAGACAUGGUUGACACCCGUCCCUGGGACAGAGUCGAUGAGAUAGAUAAGUCUUUGCAAGAGAGACUUACUAACAUUCUCCUCGGCGGCAUUGACAGAGCCAGAGACAUGGAGUAA